UGAUUUGUUUUUUGUUUGGCGGUUUUAUUCGAACAAGUAUUUCAAUUCAAAUUUUUUCUUCCCAAUUGUUUUAAAAAUCUGCUCAAUUGUUUAAAAAUCUGUUCGUUAGAACACCAUAUUUAAGUAUUUACCUAAGACUGAGAAACUAUGGAUUCAUGUACUCCAUCUAGUUCGACAAACUCUAAAAUUCCCUCAGGAGCCUGCCACCUCUGCAGCAAGAUAUUUAAAACUGUGAAAAUACAAAAUCAUCAUAUCAAAAUAAUACAUAAAAUAGAUGUGUCAAUUAAGAAAAUUAAUCAUAUUAUUUGUCCGUUAUGUGACCAAGGAACUAAUUUACUAACCCAUGAGAUUUUACGAAAACAUCUCGAGGAGCACCACCAAAUAAGUAUUGAAUUAGUAACCUUGGAAUUUUCUAGCAAACAAGAAUAUGAGACCUGGAAAGAUAUGCAGAAAAUUGAGACAAGUUAUAUAAUUAGUAGAGUACGUAAGGCUACGGAACAUAAGAUCUUAUACUAUGAGUGUAACAGAAGUGACACAUCUGGAUAUAAGCCCAACAAUAAAAUUAGGGCAGAGAAAUCUGGUGGAUCAAUUAAAAUUAAAGGAGUGUGUCCCUCCAGACUAAUUUGCAAACUGAGAGAUCAAGGAGAAGUUUCAGUCAGAUAUUGGAAAACACAUGCUGGACAUAAAGAAGAAUUAAGAGCCAUGCGUCUGUCAAAAGCACAAGAAAAAAUGGUUGUAGAGAAGUUAAUGUCGGGGGCUCCACCCAGUAGAAUUUUAGAAGAUUUGAGAAAAUUGGAAACGCAACAACUAGGUAGACUUGCCGUAUUAAAACGUAAAGAUCUCGCAAAUUUGCGCAGAAAGUAUAAUAUACACAAGAAACGAGAUCAAAAUGAUAUGGUAGCAACAGCCUUUAAGGUUCAGGAAUGGAAUGCUAGCAGCAAGAAUUAUACUUUCGUAUUCAAGAAGGAAGACGAUGCAGCAACAUGUUUGGGAGAAAUUUCAAUUAUCCAACCAAGCCAUGAGGAGGAAAUUAAUGAGUUUGUUAGAGGGAAGCUAGAACAGACAGAUCUGAUCGAGGGAAAAACCAAACGAAGUCUUCAAUUAGAAAACUUAACAAAUAAAACGAUAGACCUAAUAGAUGAAAUGGAAGACUUAGAUGAUGAAAGUUUUACAAAAUUAUAUGACCAAUUUAUGACAGCUAUUCAAAUAAUAAAGUGCAAGGCAGAGGAAAACCUUCAGAAAAACGCGGAGAAUAUUACAACAAAGCGAAAAAUUGAGAAUCUAGAGUAUUUUCCUUCCAAGAAAAGAAAACAUUAAAUUUGAUUGACAAUAAUUGUUAUAGCUCCCUUGUAUUUUUAUUAUAGUUGUAUACGCUUAUUUACAAGAAGCCUAGUUCAUUUAACAUUGUUAUAGAUUUUAACUUGAUUUAAGAAGGACUUGCAAAUUAAAUUUGCAUCACUUGAUAUCAUAGGGAUGUUUUUUUAUUAAAUAUUUAUUUAGUUAUUGUUUUAA